CCGAGGUUUCCGGUGCGCGGCUGCGGGCGGUGACGCCUAGCUGCUCCCGAGCUGCCGCCGCUUCUCCCUAGCGAAGCUGCAGGCCUGUGGAAACACAAUCAAGCCAUCCACGAGCUCGCUUGGCAGUCUUGUGCAAAGGACGCGCGGUAGCCCAACCUUCCAAAGCUUCCAUUCCUGCCAAGUCUUGCGAGAGGACUCGACUCCAGGAAGGCUUUCUGCCAGGCCCCGAGAUUUUCCCCCGUGGUCAAGGGUUACUUUUCUCCACGGAUGGCCGAGUUUAACCGGCAGAACUCAUUGCAGUGCAUUGGAUUUGAAUAACCGAAAUCCAGGACGUAGUCAUAGCCGUGACUUCACGAGCAAGAGGGUUUUAAGCUAUUCGAAACAUCAAUAGCUUCCGGGUGAUUCCGAGGAUUAAAGAGACGACAGCAUUUUGGAGCCAUCCCUGGGCCUGAAGAAUUCUUCGGUCUCUCUGGUGUGCCAAGUCAAGGUCUGCAGGUGGCUAUGUUAAUGUUGCUUGUCUUUGGAGUAUUGCUUCAUGAAGUCCCACUGAGUGGCCAAGAUGAGGUUUAUUCUGAGGCUGACCGUGUGCCAGGCAAGGCCCUGUAUGACUACUCCAGCCUCCGCCUCCCAGAGAAGCACAUUCCCUUCUUCUUGCACAAUAACAGGCAUAUUGCUUCUGUGUGCAGGGAGGAUUCCCAUUGUCCAUAUAAGAAACACCUAGAAAAUCUAAACUACUGCUGGGGUUAUGAGAAAUCCUGCAAACCAGAGUUCAGAUUUGGUUAUCCUGUUUGCAGCUAUGUCGACCUGGGAUGGACAGACACUCUGGAGUCAGCCGAGGACAUGUUCUGGAAGCAAGCUGACUUUGGUUACGCCCGAGAGCGGCUGGAGGAGAUGCGUGUGCUCUGCGAGCCAGAGAGACCCAGCGACUCAAGUCUGGUUUGCUCCCGUCACCUUCAGUAUUGUAGGGCUACCGGUCUAUACCUGGACUUAAGGAACAUCAAGAGAACCCACGACAGAUUCAAGGAAGAUUUUCUUCGGGAUGGUGAAGUUGGAGGACACUGUAAACUUGACAGUCGGGCACUGGCGUCUGAAGGUCAGCGCAAAAGCCCUCUGCAGUCUUGCUACCUACGCUCGGGAGUGCUGCAACUCGCUCCUCAGCCCCUAGUUCCUAAUGGAUCCCUUAAGAAUGUCAUCAUGAACUGGCCACUGGGCUUCACGACUGGGAUCCAGGUAUGGUGGACAGCGAGCCUCUUGGAUUUUGGCCCUCAGAGCGGAGAAAUAGAACUCGGGUUUUUAGAUCAGCUAAGGAUCACGCACAACUCGGACAUAUUCAUCGGCAUGCACGGAGCUGGCCUCACUCAUUUACUCUUCCUUCCAGACUGGGCUGCUGUAUUCGAGCUGUACAACUGUGAAGAUGAGCGUUGUUACUUAGACCUGGCCAGGCUCAGAGGUGUCUACUAUGUCACCUGGCGGAAGCCCAGCAAGGUGUUUCCUCAAGAUAAGGGGCACCAUCCAACUCUGGGGGAACACCCGAAGUUUACCAACUACUCUUUUGAUGUGGAAGAAUUCAUGUACCUUGUCCUUCAGGCUGCAGAGCACGUGCUGCGGCACCCGCAGUGGCCGUUUAAGAACAAACACGAUGAGCUGUAGAAAUGUCGAAGCCGUUUACAAGAGGGUGUUUUGAACACUCUCGCAUCUAGACUCCUAACUAAAGGAGCAAAACAACCUGUCGUACCCUACUGUAAGACGGAAUGUGACUUUUUACUUUUGAAUAUAGCUCAGGCUGGCCUUGAACUAAUGGUCCUCUUGCCUCUGCCUCCCGAGAGCUCAGAUCACAGGCGUGCGCCACCACGCCUAUCUACAAAAUUACUUUUUCUAUGUGAAAACAUGCCUUCGGGAUAUUCUGUCUCUUACGUCUUCCACGUGUUUAUUGUGUCAUUGCUAUUUGUCAAUAGCAACAGUAUUUUUUUGCACUGAGGAAAGGUUGCUACUUUUAUAGUUCAAAGAUGGGCAGGUGCCCAGUGGUGUAGCAGGGCUUUCCUGUUGGGAUACCAAAGUUGUCAACUUCAGUGGCUUUCGAGCUUAUAAGUGCAUUUGUUAACUCUAAUGUGUCCCACCCUGUUGUUUAUAUACUUGGAUAAACUCAGAACUGGUUUUGAAGUUGCCAUUGUAUGGAUGUAGGGCUUGGAGACAUGGCUCAGUUUAGACUACUGGCCUUUUCGUGUAUGGUGCUCUGGAUUCAGUCUCUAGCAACACGCACACACAUACACACACAGCAGCACAAGACUGCCAUUCUCAGGACCAAGCUAUAGGAGUGUGUUAUAGGCCAGUGUUUAAUCCGCUCCAGGUUAUCUGCAUGAAGGGCCUGAAAAAAACAUGCCGCUGUGUCAAUCUGUGUUCACCCUUCAAUCAUGUCCUCCCCAAAUGUAAUGGCAGUAAUUGAUAAGAACCCGUCAGAACACUCCACAGUACUGCCUCCCCCGACUUCUCAGCCAUGGAGAACAUUCAUGUUGAAAUGGCAUGAAGUCGUGGUUUGCAUCAGGCAAGUAUUUGUGAGCACAUACAGCUGUGUGCAUCCACCCCUGGCAGGGGAAAAUUAACCCUCGUUUUUGUAAAAACUAAGAGUAGCCACAUGAAGAAACAUGUUCUUUUUCUCUCCUUUUUAAGUAAGACCAUUAAAAACACAGUAGACCUGUGAAUUACCCAACCGAAAUGAAAAGCCCGGGAAAGUGGCCUUCUCCUGCCAGGGCCCUGCUUCUCGGCAGUCAGAAACUAUGGGUUUGGUUUACUGUAGAGUGUGACGUUUGCAUUGAGAGUAGUGACCCGCUAAGACAACGCUUCUGUUUGCUUGUUAAAAUUGUUUGCAAAGAACUGUAACCUUGGGAAUUGUUAACUGACGGGGAUGCUGCUUUUCUUUGUGCAGGGGUGACAGGGGGCAGGGGAGUUGGGGGUGCUGCGAGGGAAAGGAUUUGGAAGGAGCAUGUCAUCGGUGAGCCUGGUCAUCGAGGAUAAACAUCGGAAAGAGAGUGCCUCUGGAGAACGGAUUGAGUUAUCAGCCUCUUACCUCAUUCCAAGCAAAUGAGGUCCAAGCAAAUGCCCCAUGCUUCCACAGACUACCAAGGGUUCCAGAAACUGAGGACAAUUUCAUACUAAAACUAUAUUUGAGUAAUUUGCACUUUAUAUAUGCUUUAUAUGAAGAAGAAAGCCGUUUAAAAUUCUAAUUAUUGGGAUUAACUUUUAUCAGACCUUUUGUGGGAGCAGAUCUUCAAAUUAUUGUGAAAGUUAAGAUGUAGACAUGGCCCUUUUUAUUAACUCUAUGAGGACAUGCAUUUCACUAUACACUUCGGGAAUGACUUUGGAAUAAAGCUUUCUAUAUUUCUUUUAAAUAUCCAAACAUCUUCAGGGGUUUCUGUGUCUGAAUGUCACAUUCUUGCUUUAAAAAAAAAUCUGGUAGCUUGCACGUGAUUAAAAAAUUAAUUAUCUCACUGAUGAAAGAUUCAGUGUAAUCAGAAA